AUGCUUGUCCCUAACAAACAGUUGGGCCUUGGUCGCUCCCACAGUUGGGACACGUUAGGGGGGCAUGAGGGUCAAUGGGAGAGGUCUGAUAGUGUCUACGAGCAGCAGGCAAGAUUAGCCAGUCGUCGGGGCUCUCUGUCAUACGGAGAGGGAGCAGGGUGGUUAGAGCUUCCACCAGGAGUGCAUCCCCCUGACCUGGAUUUGAAACGUGAGCCAUACUCCUACCAAGACUCUCUGUACGGACAGGUUUACGCAGAGCGACAGGACCCACGGGGACUGAGGAAGGGCUCUGCGCCUGAUCUUAACAACUACGAACGAGCACCAAUGGCUCACAGAGGAUCCAUUCCACAUCAGGAUUACUAUUCCCCUGACCCGGCCAUGACUCCUCGGCCACCUGAGGUUUACCGGCCAGAACACCAGCCUCAGCCGCCUCACCCACUUAGUAGAUCAGGCUCUCAUUAUGGAAUGGCACCUGUGGCUCGUGCAGGGUGGGAUCAGGGUCAGGGAGGGAGAGCUGGACCUCAAGCACCUGCAUCGCCUCUGCCUCCUCCUCCACCUCCUCCAACAGCUCAUGAGAUGAGUCGGGCUUAUAGGGAAGCAGCUGUAACUGCCGCCAAAAUGACCCAAGAUGGCCAGCGGGUCCCUUCUCGAGAGCCAUCUCCUUCUCAUUAUAGUAUGGACCAAGCAUCUCCUCGGUAUGCCAGUGAGCCUCCACCCAUUGCUGGUCAGGUUAUCUAUACUGAUGUUAACGGCCGACCAUUGGAUCCGCAGCAGCAGGCUGCUACCUGUCUAGUUGUAGAUCCUGCCAGUCAAGGUGUGAUAAUGAGGCAAGAUCCUGCCUCACCCUACACUGCCCAACAGCAGCAAUUACAGCAGCAACAACAAAUACAACAGCAACAAUUACAGCAGCAGCAACUUCAACAGCAACAAAUACAACAACAGCAGUUACAGCAGCAGCAACUUCAGCAACAUCAACUUCAACAGCAGCAAUUACAACAGCAACAGCUUCAACCACAGCAGAUACAGCAGCAGCAACUUCAACAAGAUCAGUUGCAGCCACAUAUGCAACAGCAACCCCUGCAACCUCCGCCUACCAUGCCCCUCUCCGACCCUAGCCUUUCUAUGACGGCUCCGCUUCCUGCUCCACCGAUCCCAAUGCAGCCCGCCGCAGUUGCUCCAGCUGCACCUGUCCUUGUGCAGGCUCCCCAAACUUCACUCCCUCCUCCCCCAACCACUCCACUUUAUGCUCUUCCUCCCCAAACUGCCCCACAGACACCUUUGCCUGUGGACCCCAGGAAAACCGUUGAUCCUGAGUUCCUUGCCCUUCUGCGAAACGAAGGCAUCUCAGAGAGCUCCAUCUCCUCAAUUAUCCAGCAGGGAUUUGACUCCGCUAGCAUGCUAGCUGUUAUGGAGGACAACGAUAUCCGUACUGUCGCACCCAACCUCGGCCAGGCUCGCGUUCUGUCUCGUGUGGUCCAAAACUGCAGGCGGCCCCAUGAGGCGACAUCAGCCCCAUCCCAACCUCAGACACCCAUGCGAGGCCGCUCUAAUAGCUUUAGCCAUCGCUCGGACAUCUACCACCAGCCCCCCCAGCACCACCAUCCAACCCACCCGUUACAGGCUUUAAAUGUGGAUGCUCACAUGAUGCCCCCACAGACCCCUGGGGCCAUGCAGACCAUCUCCCCAAGGAUGGGAGAAGCAAUGGGUAGGAGGCCCAACAGUGCCCCUUCUCAGCACAUCAUGGAAGCUUCUGGAGGCUACCCAGGCCAACCCCCUCGCUCCCCGGGGCCAUAUGCAGGGGCGCUAAUGCCUGCUCAAUCAAGACCCAUGUCCGCCUACUCUUCUGGGAUGCCCAUGCAUGGUAUGCAGAUAAUGCCACAGCAAAUGACUGGGUCAAUGCCUGCCAUGCCUGGGUCUAUGCACUCCAUGUCAGGUAUGCCACAGCAUAUGCCUGUGUCCAUGCCAGUUUUACCACAGCCACCACAACAGGUACCAAAAGCCUACUCUACCAAUUACACAGUGCCCAUGGAGCUGAUGAAGAGGGACAGGAAUGUAAUGCCAUUAUCACCCAUGCACAGCCCUCACCCCAGUCCUCAGAUGAUGCGUAAGGGUGGGGGUACUGUACAGGACAAUGCCCUUGUCUCUAUGGGACCACCAGGUCAAGGACAAGUUGCCCUGGCUGCUAACCAGAAGCUAAGUCGACGCACAGGUCCACCAGUCAUCGUGUCCACUAUGGCGUCUCCAGAAACAAGUAUUCGGCCCCAGAUUAUGAACGGGCCUAUGCACCCGCGCCCCCUGGUGGCGCUGCUGGACGGGCGCGACUGCACCGUGGAGAUGCCCAUCCUCAAAGACCUGGCCACCGUGGCUUUCUGUGACGCCCAGUCCACACAGGAGAUACAUGAGAAGGUGCUGAAUGAGGCCGUGGGGGCCAUGAUGUACCACACCAUCACCCUGACCAGAGAGGACCUGGAGAAGUUCAAGUCGCUGCGCAUCAUCAUCCGCAUCGGCAGCGGCUACGACAACAUCGACAUCAAGGCUGCCGGGGACCUGGGCAUUGCGGUGUGUAACAUCCCCUCAGCGGCGGUAGAAGAGACAGCAGACUCAACACUUUGUCACAUCCUCAACCUGUACCGGCGGAACACCUGGCUGUACCAGGCUCUCCGGGAGGGCACGCGGGUCCAGAGCGUGGAGCAGAUCAGGGAGGUGGCGUCGGGGGCGGCGAGGAUCAGAGGAGAGACGCUCGGCCUCAUCGGAUUUGGUCGCUCGGGCCAGGCGGUGGCGAUCCGGGCGAAGGCGUUCGGCUUCAACGUGAUCUUCUACGACCCGUACAUCCAGGACGGGCUGGAGCGCUCGCUGGGCGUUCAGCGGGUCUACACGCUGCAGGACCUGCUCUACCAGAGCGACUGCGUGUCCCUGCACUGCAACCUGAACGAACACAACCACCACCUCAUCAACGACUUCACCAUCAAACAGAUGCGUCAAGGGGCUUUCUUGGUCAACUCGGCACGGGGGGGUCUGGUGGAUGAGAAAGCUUUGGCUCAGGCCCUGAAGGAAGGCCGGAUACGGGGGGCCGCCUUGGACGUCCACGAGUCGGAGCCUUUCAGUUUUUCCCAAGGUCCUCUGAAGGACGCCCCCAACUUGAUCUGCACCCCCCACACCGCCUGGUACAGCGAGCAGGCAUCACUGGAGAUGAGAGAGGCCGCCGCCACAGAAAUACGCAGAGCCAUCACUGGCCGUAUUCCUGACAGCCUCCGAAACUGCGUCAACAAAGAGUUCUUUGUCACCUCGGCCCCCUGGGGAAUGAUGGAGCAGCAGCAGCAGCAGCAGCAGCAGCAGCAGCAGCAGCCUCAAGUUCACCCUGAGAUGAACGGUGCCGCCUACAGGUUCCCUCCCGGUGUGGUGGGCGUGGCCCCCGGCGGGAUCCCCGGACCGAUGGAGGGGUUGGUGCCUGGGGGGGUGCCCAUCGCCCAUACCCUGCCCCCCGGUACCCAUCCGUCACAGGCCCCCUCCCCCAACCGACCCUCCAAACAUGGCGACCCCAUGAGAGAGCACAUGACUGAGCCUUAGGACUGCUGCUGUUACCGAGCAGGGGGCUGAAACCAACUUCAACAAAAAAAUAAAUAAAACCCAGCAACCCCACCAACCGAACCAUCCGACUGUACGCUUGACUUCAGCCAUCUGAACCCACCAGCAGACUGCCUGUAGGGCAACGUUUCAACAAUUUAUUUUGUAUGAAACCACAGCCCCAGUGAGGACAGUGGACACACAGUGGUUAUAACACACCUGAGAUGGUUAUUACACACCUGAGCUGCCACACUGAGAUGGGACUGACCGUCAAACUCAUGCAGAUCUGAGACCUCCCCUCCCCCAUAUCUGUUUCUGUUCUUCGUUGAUUUAAGUGAUAUUUUAAUCUUUAUUUUUGAGUAUAUUUCAGGGGAGAUUCCUCCUAAUUUCUGGGACAUGUUGACAUUUCCACAUGCAGGAUGGACAUCUGACCCCCCCCCCCCCCCCUCCCUGAUUUAAAGGACAAACUUGAAGCGACAGUGACUUCAUAAACUUCCCCUUAUUCCUCAGUUUCGCCCAUUUCAGCGCAAACAUGUCUUGUGUUGAUUUUUUGAUUUUUUACUUUCCUCUGUUUACCCUAUAUUCUGUGUUUAUGUUGCAAGUGAAUAUCAGUUUGUUCUGUUCUUCAGUGUUUGAAAAUGAAUGAAUUUACAGUUACACGUAUGUUUAGCAGACCAACAGCAGAAUCUGCCGUCUCCAUCAGAAAUCUGGACUCCAUCUUUUGCUUUUUCCCUUCGUGGCUGGUGGCCCCUGAAUGUAGAGCCAAGGUGUGUGCCAGGACAUGUGGUUUCCAGUUCCAGAAAGAAUAUUUCAGCCCAUUAACUCAAAAAUGACCCAUUGAAACCAAAAAAGGAAAAAAAGCAGACUGCCAUUUGUGGUUAGAUAUUGUACGUUGAGUGUAUAACAUCAAUUACAUUUAGCUGUGGUAUUUUCCAACGCGGCUGAACUGAGGUACCCACGAUAUUUGGCCUGAACAGUGUCCCAGAUAUCUGCACCCAAAGGACCGACAGUACGUUACAGCUCCAGUUAGCGAAGUAGGAAAAACUAAAACAGCUUACUGACUCAGGAAAAAGAAAAUCUGUCCAUAUCGGAAUUAAAAGAAAAACUGGAUUCUUACUUUCCAUUACUCCACCUCUUUCUCCAUUGUGGUAUUUUAUUUUUUUUUUUAUAUCAAAUGUACGUUUUUGAUGUUCAUGGUUUUCUGUUCCGUUAGAUUUGUAUUGCCUUGUUAAAUGUUCUUAUAAUCAUAGUCUGAUGUGAGCGACCACUCCCUCUCCUCCUAUAGUUUCUUCCUCUUUGUUUUUCUGCUCUAAUGAAAUCCAGCUGUGGUUCUCGGAGGCAGAGUGUCCUCCGUGAACAACCGCCGCCACAUCAUCCCUUUUAGCCCCGUGACGUUAGCAAGAGACGGCUGCUAGCAGAUUGUUUGGUUUUUAGUGUGAGUAUUUGUAUUUGUUUCUUGUACAAGGUGAACAUAUAGCAUACAGUGCAGCUGGAAACAAUAAAUAAAAUGUACUGUUCUGAUUGAUGA